AUGUCUUCACAACGCAAUCGAAACGCCCCAUCCCCAAUUAAGACGACAAGCCCUCAUCUGACACCCCCCAGGUCGACUCAAUCCUCCACGCAGACAGGAGAUGAAUCCUUUCAUGGCACCUUGGUUGAAUUGUCCGCCGCACUUGCCAUUCUUGAGGCGGUUGAACCCCAGCGGGAGUCCUCUGAUAGCACUGGGUAUGAUUUAUUAGAAGUUAAGCAGUUUGAGAGCGCAUCUAAAGCCGAUUUCAAGAAAGACUUUAAUAUGAAGCUACAGGAGGUACUCUGGGCAUUUGCCGUCAUGUUCUCCAAGUCUAGGACAAGGAAACAUGUUGUUGCGAGUGUCCUACGAGAACAGACACAAGAGGACGACAACUCAAAGUCCCUAUUCACCCUGUAUCUAACCACGAAUCGUGGGUUCUGGCCCAAUGAAUACGACGAACACAAGAGGAAGUUGGAGAAUGCGGCGAACUGUGACAAGACGCCGCCCAGCCUUCUUGGUGCUUUAUGGGAUGAUCUGACUGACUUCUGCUUCGAUCGAAUUGAAGAGUAUGCAGAGCAGGCAAGGAAGUGCUUUCUGGGCAUCCCUACAGGCGAGUAUGAGCCGACAAUUGGUUUAGAGUCCGAAUGCAAAAAGACAUUCGAUGAUAUCAAAGGAUGGUGCCCUAAUGUAUAUGAGUUGCUCAUUGAGCUCAGAAGGGACCUCAGCAAGGACUCAUGGGAUCAAGCCGAACUCGUUAACAAGUCUUGGGAGGCAUUACUAGCUUUAUCAAAGAACAGUAGUCGAUUCCCAGUUCUGCGCAGUCAUCGGCAAUGUGCCAAGCGACGUGACCUUAUACUGAAAUCAGUCGAGAAUCUCGCCAAGGUUCGCAAGGCAUAUCUGAUAUUUGCCAAGUUUGGGAAAACCCUACGCCAAAAAGGGGCACACCUGAAGAUUGAACUUCUCGGAAAGACGUAUGAAAGCGAGGCCGAAGACGCCAUCGACAGACUAAUAAGUGACCAAAACGAUGACGAAAUGAGAAAAUCCACAGAGCGAGUGAAGAAAGCGAUAAAAGGACAGAAAGGUACGCUGCCACACUGUGAGAUCCAGAUGUUGAUGUACUUCUCCAGAGCAGACAAGAAAGGCGUCUGGAACCUGAUCGGAUGCAGCAAGCGUCCCUGCUACGCGUGCUCGCACUUGCUCGCAGCCUCGGGUUUCCUCUCCAGCAAAAGCCACGGGAAAGCGUACCAUCAGUACUUCUCAUCGAUCGAGAACUGGCUAGAAUGUGAAGGCAACGAGGCCUCGAAAGCGGCUAUAAAGGAGCUGAGGAGGAAAGUGGUGGAAAGCAUACAGGGAUAUGGGGAAAGGAAACAUUUCAUUCCGUAUACUGAGCCGGAUUCGCCCGUGUUCCAAGACUGGCUCUCUGAAGACCUUGAAGAUUUGAAUAUCACGUCGUUGACAAAAUAG